AUGGCCGAGGUGAUAGCAAAUACCAGUCGCCGGCUCCCGCUAUUGGACGGCAUAGCUGCCAGCAGCUUGUCUGGAACCACGGUGACUCACGUCACGUAUGAAGCGUCGUUCCAGAAGGUUGUCGAAAUGUUGUUCCGCAAGGGAAACAGCGAAUCCGAUACUGACUGUCUAACCCUCGUGGUAAUCGAACAACCAACGGUGUCCCUGAGCAGUCGACUCGACCUGCUCAGUUUUGAUGACAAGCUCUUGUUGUUGAAAUACUAUUUUUCCCAUUUGAACGUGGUGGCCUUAGAAGCCAGGGAUAUUACCAAUGAGACAGCCCUUAAAAUCAAAAAGUGGAUCGGACAGAUCAAUACCUUGAUCCACGAUCGCAUCUCUCGGAUCCAAACAUGGACUGGCACUGCAGCCAUAAGAAUCAACGACAGUUACACUGAUGAUAAACAAAUAGGUGAGAUCAUCUCGACAAUGUCGUCGGUGUUAACAUGCGCUGUCAGCACAAGUCCUGUAACUAUCCAGAGAAUCACCGGCAUCAAGGACGCCAUCAUCCAUGACAUUGAUUUCCUCCUGUUGCUCUCGCAAAACUCCACCAGCCACUUACUGAAGUUGUGCAAUUUGGUAGGGCACUGGUCAUUCCCAGCUCACGAGUUGUCCAAUGACGAUUUGGUGUAUUGUGUUUAUUUGAUCAUCAAGUACUGUCUUGUUCAACUUGAACAUGAGUCCAGUGCCACCCACGCCAAGAUAGCCUUGGGAAGAAACGAGCUCUUGGGGUUGAUUUUCAUGGUGAGAGAUUCCUACAAAAAUGGUAACCCUUUCCACAAUUUCCGUCACGCAGUGGACGUGCUACAGGCGUGCUUCCACUAUGUGAUUCGUCUCGGGUACUUACUGCCCUUUACGCAAUUCCAGUCGGACCCCAAGGCUGACGAGCUAAUAUGCCUUAAGGCCGAGAAGUUUGGUAAUGCGGUUGAGUUGAUAUCCAUGAAAGCGGCCACGCGGGUGCCGCCCACGUCGAGUGCAGCCGAGACGCCCGACACUGAAGACACCAGCUUGAACUUGGUGCUGACGUUGGCACUCUUGGUGGCAGCAUUGGGCCAUGAUGUAGGUCAUCCCGGAGUUACCAACCAGUUUUUGGUAAAGCAUUCCCUGCCAACGUCGUUGGUAUUCAACGAGAGGUCGGUGUUGGAGCUGUUUCACACGUCGGUGUUUUUGAACAAGAUCUUGGUGGUGAACUGGCCCCAGUUUCUCCAACUCAAAAUUGAUACCAACUUGAAGCUUAUUGUCAAGGAGUUGAUCAUCACUUGCAUCUUAGCCACCGACAUGGCUGAGCACUUUGACUACAUCGAUAAGUUGAACAAAUUCAACGACAUCCACCAUCAUCACCAUCAUCAUCAAGGAACUUAUUCCACCACCGAUUCCACCAGUAGUGCCAGUAGUAGGACCAUUGCCAAUUCAUUUGAUAUCCAAAACCGAACCAAUCAGGUCAAGUUGAUUUCGAGUUUAUUGAUCAAAUGUGCCGACAUUUCGAAUGUGACUCGACCCCUUCGGGUAUCGGCACAAUGGGCUCUGGUAUUAUCUAGAGAGUUUGACGAGGUGUCCAAAGUGGAAGAGAAAAUCACUGAUAGUGGGAAGCAGUUCAGCAUUAAAUACGACAAGGUGCCAAUGUUUUUGGUGGAUAUCUUACAGGCCAAUCCUACCAUUCAUAAGGGACAGAUGUUUUUCAUCAAUACGUUCGCUGAAAACUUGUUCAACAAUAUCCUGGAGUUACUCCCACCAUUGAAGUUCACCGGAGAAAUUGUCCAGGAAAACAAGGAUUACUGGCUAAAGCGUGACUCCAACAGGAAUAAAUAGCUCUAAAUAUCGUAUACCUGGCAUUUAGUAUAUAGCAUAAUGAAGAAACAACCAGUGAAAACACC